AUGGAUAUCGACGAUGACGAUGAUUUUUACGCUCCGGAUGAACCAGCGACCACCCAAUCACCAGCCCAACACGAACCUGCAAGCACAAAUCCGCCCGCCGCCCAACAUGACGAGGAUCUUGAAGAGGGCGAGGAGGAAGACGAAGGUGCCGAGAUGGAUGAAGAUGAAGAUUCAGACGUAGACAUCAUCACAGAACGAAAGGACGGCACAAAGGCACCUCCCCCAACAACUGCUAGAUAUAGUGAUAUCAGGAAUAUUCCUCAGCGCACAGCAUCAAGUGAUGCGAUCACCAGGCCAGCCAUUAAGAAGGAGGAAUCUGCGAAGCCAUCCGCGGGUGCAGAGCUCCCCGCCGUGUCCACCUCCAAGGUGGAUGUGAAUGCGAUACCAAUUCACAAAGGCACAGGCAAGCCUAUUACCCAGGUAAAUAUUGAUGAAGACCUUCCCGACAACAACAAGCCAUGGCGCAAACCUGGUACUGAUCUGAGCGAUUACUUCAACUAUGGCUUCGACGAGUUCACAUGGGCCCUCUAUGCCGCCAAACAGGACACUGUGCGUGGCGAGUACAGUCAGGACGCGAUAGCCCAAAACAAUAAGAAAAUGAUGGAAGAUAUGCAGAUGAUGAUGAUGGGAGGAAUGCCGCCAUCGAUGCCAGGUAUGGACGGAAUGACCCCCGAGAUGCAGCAAAUGAUGCAGCAAAUGAUGGCAUCAGGGAUGGACCCUAGCCAGAUGGAUCCAUCGACCAUGGCAGCCAUGAUGAGUGGUAACGCUGCUGGCGGUCAAGGCGGACAGAACCAAAAUUUUGGAGGCCCGGGGCAGGGCUUCGGAAACAACCAAGGCCAGGGGUUUAACAACUAUGAUCAGGGCAUGGGCCGUGGAGGUGGCGGUGGUGGCUUCGGCGGGCGAGGACGCCGGGGUCGCGGUGGUUGGUAG